AUGGGGCUCGUUGUCUUGCCCUCACCCGGGUUUCUCCUUGUUCUCUCCCCGCUUCCCUCGGCGGCCAAAAUAGUCGCUUUAUACUUUUGCUCUCGGCCGUUGCUCCACCCCGCACACGCGUCCCUGCGGGUAAACAGCGUCCGAGACGAGCUGUUGGAAGCGCAGUUCGACCCGGACAAAAUUCUUCGCAGGCCUAGAAAGAACAGAGCCAGCGUGCCCAAAGUCUCUGACAACAACGACGGACAAACGCUAGAAGACGUAGGCCCUGGUGCCCCUGGCCUUAGGAGCCCAUUGAUAAGAACCACUGGCUAUCAGGCCGUAGACUCUCGAGACAGCACGUACUCUGUCGAAGAGGACUCUUUAGGAUCUUGGUACAGGAAUGUCGGAUACCUGUCCGCCUUGGAUGAAUCCGCAAUCGACGUGUUAGAGCAGGUCUUACCGCUGGUCAUCAUGGUCGAAAUCAAGAAAUCACUCCAUAAGUCGAAGGGAGAUCGAGCUAUGGGACUCAAUGAUAGGAACGUGCGGUUAGACCCGUGUCUGCCAACUGACCCCUUCCUUGCGGUGUUUCACAAUAUGAAGCCCCUCCAGGAAUCCAAUUCCAGCGUCAACUUGCCGGACCUACCUGAAAAGGUGAAGAAAUACCAUGUCGACGAGUGGAGGCUGGAUCUCGAGAAGGCUAUCAAGGACGAGGUUGAGGCGACCUUUCAGCGGACUGUAAUGAUGUCUAUGUUGGACCGAUUUCGAUUGAUGUACAAUCUGAGGGAUGGCCAUCGAUCCGUCCUAGAUUUUGCCGUCGAGAGCUUCUGGAACUGUCCCUUCAUGCCGACACGGGCCCUGAAGAAAGACAAGCCAGACCGCCAGCGCAUGCUCUCACGCCCCAGACCUGACAUAUCCAUUGCCUUUCAUCUGCGGUCUAUCAUUGAGGAUGGACUCAUGGGCGCGAUUCCGGAAGCUACAAAAAGAAUUAUGAUCUACGAGGCCCAAGAUGGCACUCGCACGCAGCGCGCCUUCCAUUUCUUGAUGAUCGAGGCCAAGAACGCAGACAAAACAUCAACCGACAAAGAUGGCCAGCUGCAAAGUCUGAAUAGUGCCAGCCAGUCCCUCCAUUGCUUGUAUGAAUUCUUCAACGAAGCAGAUAGGCAGGAAGUGGAAUGUGAAAAAUCUUGUUGCGCGCGAGACCCCUCAACCAUCACAAACAAUGCUGGAGGCCGAGACCCUUCCUCUGCUGGGGAUGACACCUUUGUGGGCCGAUUCUUCAAAGAAGUCAGGGUUUUCACGGCGGUCCCAACUGGCAGAGCCAUCACAAUUCGAGUGCACCGGGCUUGCCCUGCAUCCAAACCCCCCUUCCCUUCUCACGAAGGCCGGCCCCCUUUUCAGCUCAUGAUCCUUCCCAAUUACCCGCUUCAGUUUGAGUACAACGAACUUAUCCAGCUUACGAACGACGACUUCAGCAGAGGAAGGCUUGUGGACAUGUUCAAGAAGAUCAUGGUCGAUUAUGGCAUCGGCAAGCUCCGCCCGCUGCUGCAGAAAGCUGCCACGGCAAUCGCGACAAAGUUCUACAACUGGGAGGAAGAGCAAGGGACGCAUCAGCCAAGGCACCCGAUGGUCUUCAGUAUCGGCCACGUCAAGCUCUCGACCGCCGAGCCCAACCCGUCGAUUGAGUGCCUCGACUAA